AUGGCUCGAAAUGAUCAUCAGCGCCGCCGGCACCGCCAGCGCCGCCGCGGCGGAAUAGUCGAACUCAAGGGUCCGCGACGUCGCUGCAGGAAUCUUGGCAAGGCGGCCGCGUUUGCGACCGCACGGGGUACCAAUCUUGGUCACAGCGCGUCAGGCCGGCUGCGCGGCGAGCUGGAGGACGCAGACGGCCGCGGCGCCGGCGGAGCCGGCGCCACGCAGCCGCGGGCUGCCUCGAUCAGCGGCUUCAUCGCGCUGUCCGUUUUGGUGAUCUGCUCCAGCUUGGCCACCCCGAUCGUCACGUUGAGACGCGCGAGCGGAAUGCCCAUUUCAUGCGCCAUGAAAGCUGCGAGCUGGGGCGAGCCCGAGAUAGUUGCCAUAAGCUUUAUCGAACAGCUGUUGCGGCAUAGAAGGCAUUGGCGACCAGACCAGCCUUCGUGGGCACAAAGCUCACAUGCUGGAGGCAGGGAAAACCAAGCUGGGCAGUCGCGCUAUGGUCGCGGGCGGGGUCGAAGGUCGUUGCCUGCCACAUCGACCGGCGCACGCCGGGGCGGCUAUCAUACUGACUCAAAAUCCACUCCAACUGGUUUCCGUCGCAGGGCCGCGGCCGUACAUCAUCAGCCGCUCGAAAUAGAGGCCCUUGCCAUUAGCUUUGGGGUUCUGGGCGCGAUAGAAGGGGAACGCCAUUUUGUAGAAUUCGAACAGCUUGGCGCGGUCGCCCUGCGCCAUGGUCCAGAGCCGCUGCGGGAAGAUCGUGUAGGCGACGUCCUCGAUGUCCCGCUUCUUUUCUUGCUCAAAAGGGCAUCCAGUGCGGCGCGAAACACGGGUAUUUUCCGGGAUUUCAUACCCGUCGCCGAACCCAUCCAUGAACGUGGAGCAAGGUCCGGGCAUAGGCCUCGGACACGCUCUUCGCCGCGAUCAUCAACGGUUCCGGAUUCUCCGGUCGGGAUGCCUUACUCAUCUGCAUCAUCCUCCAAAUGGCGGAAUUCGGCACGCCCGACAUAG